CUCCAUCCGGCGCAUCUAUCGGAAUACUCGGCGUCGCAUCUGGUUCCUGCCGGUUAGCAUUGUCUGCCUUGCUCUGCACAUGGUGGGGCGUUUACAUCUACAGGAUCGUUCAUCAUCGGGUUGUGGUCAUGGUCAUGGUCAUGGUUCUUAGUAUCUUCUUUCUCUGGGUACAUGAUCUGGUUUCUUACUGGCUGGCGUUCUUUUCAAGUUGUCAUCUCUCGACUUUCGUUUUCUUUCCUUCUCUUCAUGUUUCAUCUCGUCUUCGAGUGGCUUCUUUGAUCUUGAUUGUUUGUUGGUCGAUGAUCGAUGAUCGAUUGAUCGGGGCGAAUCCAAGGGCGGUUGAGGCAAUGAAGGGUGUGGGGGAAAAAGAAAUCGUUUCUCAAGAGAUAGACAAACGGGGAAAUGGUGCUAUCUUUCAUUGCUUUAUGAAUUUUCGAUUCAUUUCCAACCAGUCCUCCGGUAAGGAUUUUCCUUUUCGAUGCAGAUAACAUUGGAAUGGAUGGGUGGUCUUGUUGUGUUUUGGUUGGGUAUAGGUAGGA